AUGGCUUCACUUGCGUCCAAGGUAGAGAUCGCAAGCUCGCCAGCACGCGUAAGGGAGGCAUUCAUGAACUUCUCCAAGCUACCAGAGUGGACCCAAGGUUUCAUCAGGUCCAUCGAACCGAUCGUUCCGAAAGAACAGAUCGAAAGGGGUGACCGACUGAAAGUGGUGCUUGAAGGCAUGACUAUCAACCCGAUCGUGCUUGAGAACUCGGAGCGUCAAUUCAUGUGGCGAGGAAGCGUAUGGGGUCUGCUUUACGGCGAUCACUACUUCCGCUGGGAGCCAAGUCAGACUACGCCAAAUGCAACCACCUUCACACACGGUGAGGAUUUCAGUGGGCCUCUAGCGUUCUUGAUCGGUUGGUCAGGAAUGGGCGCGAAGGCAGCGACCGGCUUCAAGAAGUUCAAUGAGGAUCUGAAGCGGCAUGCCGAAAGUCAAGCGUAG